ACACAAAUCUAGCGAGGUUCUCGACUCAACUUGAGGCCGAUCACAGUGCAGCCUCGAGGAACUGACAGCAGACUAGGGUGCACCGUAUUGGGAGGGACCUGACCACACUGCUGCGCUGGAGCAGGAUGGAGCGUCUUGGCUCUCGGAGCCGACCUGUGGGGGAGACUGCUCAGCUCACUGACCGAGCCUUGCCCAAAACGGUACCAUCGCCUCGCUUCCUGUACGGUUCCGCCCCAGCUCGCACAUCAAGAUCAAACCAACCUGCACAUCCGACGGCUCACGAAAUGCGUUUCACACCUUUUGGUCGUUCCCAGACAUCGAGUUGGCAGCGUCUCCGAUCUCAGGUUCUUGAAUCUCUGGUCCACAGUAGCCACGCAUAGCCAAUUCCAGCUUGAGGCCAAUCCCUCCACCGUCACUUGCACGUGUAUUGCGCAAGGCAAGGCGGGAAUUCGCCGUGCUCGUGCAAGCCGCUGACCUGUCCGGCUGGCCCCCGUCGCCAGUACGAGUCGCCUCCAUGGCGAAACAGCGAACCUGCAGCUUCGACGACGUCCCUCCAAGAAUCUCAUGAGCGGUUCUUGACGAGCCUUUGCGCCGCUCGUUCCUCUUUCAAUCCUCGGCCACCGCUCCAGUGACGCGCAUCACUCAAAGGGCGUGGUGUGAAUAUACCGCAUGCUCUUAGCAGCAAACCUGCAGUGCUUUUACUCGUCAGUCAGUCAGAGCCACCACCGCGUUUGCUCGUAUUCUAUUGAGAGCCGCCUCGUUUGCUCCGCUUCUGAAAGCAAGCCUGCUCGAAACAUUCCUCCUGUAGUAACGCCUCGCCUCGUAUCAUCCCUCUGUUAUCUCCCUGUCAUCUCCCUGUCAUCUCCCUGUUAUCUCCCUGUCAUGGCGCCGCUCCGAGCAACGAUCUCCUACCACUGCCACUGGCAGUGCGUGUUCAUUUGUGAGCGUCCGUCCAUCCAGCCGUUGACGCCCCUGGCAAGUGCACUCAUGGCUCCGCCGCCCGUCCAGAGCAGCCCAAGUGGAAGUACUGACCAAUGCUCGCCCUGCCCUGGCUCGCUGCUGCUGUGCUCUGUGCAGGCGCAGCGCUCGUCGCAGCAGGUGCAGCGUCUGCACCAAGAUCCGAUCCAGAGUCCCCUCCGGUGGAUCCCUCAUCGUCUCCCCCAACGUCUCCCCUGACGUCUCCCCCGACAUCUCCACCAACUCCUCCCCCAACUUCUCCCUCGACGUCUCCCUCGACGUCUCCCCUGACGUCCCUUUCAACUUUCCCCCCGAAGUCCCUCUUCGCGUCCCUGGCAGCGGCCCUCCCACACAGCCUCUCUGGCAUCGCCUUCACUCACGGCUGGCCCGUGGUGAAGGGCAAGGUGUUCGUGUGCUAUGUGGCCAAGCUGCGUCCCACCCGCAGCAACGGGAAAGUGGUUGGAGACCGAGGAGCAACCGGGAAAGCCUGGGUUAAGGGAGUGAAGGCCGUGGAUGGAAGCUUCCUUGUGAUGAAAGUACGCGUUGACAACAUCCGGUCCGGAGGGAGUCUGCCUCAAGUGCGUGUCCAUUCCUCAUGCCUGGAGGGUAUGUACGACAAGGAGUACGGGAAUAGUGACCCAUAUCAGAGGAUUGCAGGCAACCGGGGUCAUCUGGUCAACCGUUACAGCUUCAUUGCGGGGACGAAAUUUGGCCCCGCGACUAUGGCCCAGACGCAGCAAGGUAUCCAGUACUAUGUUUCUCUCUUAGGCAACGAUCUGUUUGUUGCGUCUCAUCAAAACAACAACUUUUCACUCUGCGGGAAGCUGAGGAAGAAGCGCUGAAGUUUCAUUCCAGUGUUGGGGAAUUGGAGCAUUUGCACUCAACUUUUCAACCUCGGAAGAUUGUCUCAGGCGUGCCACGGUUCUGUUAGAGGAAGCCGGUUUGGGGGUGUAUCAUGGCAAAGGAUGGGGACUCACAAGUGACGCCAGCAGGGAGGGUGGGUGAGGGGGGGAGAGGUAGCCGGUUUUGGGGAAGAGCUGACUGGAGUGAGUCGGGUCGGGACAGGAGUGCACUAGGGCAUGCAAAAACGUUCUUGAAAAUUGGGGUGCAGCAUUCGUCCGAUCGAAACCAUGGGCUGCAAGUCAUGUGUGUGCAGGGUAGCUCAGCCUUAGAACACCUUGACCGAGUGCUUUUUCUUCGCUACUCUUGUUAGUUACCGUGUUAUGUGAAUUGGUUAGUAGUUCUGAUAUUUUACAGUACGACA